GAACCUUUGAUGCAAAGUGUCCAGUCCAUACAGGGAUCUCUAUCGAGAGACUGGACUUGCUGGCCAGGUCAAUGCAGGACGUCACGUUACGAAUACCACUUUCUAAGGUACCUAGUCAACAGCGAAACUGACAGACACGAACAGACGCCUCGGCCUCCGCGAGUUCGUCAAUUAACUCAGCGAGGGCACACAACGUCCUAAUCCAUCCUAUCCCUGACCAUGCUCUUCCCCGCGGUCGCCAGCACGCUGCUGCUUGCAGCUGGUCUUUUCCAGUCUGCCGCAGCCCACAUCAUCCAGCUACCAGCCCACGGCCGAGAGUGCUUUCACGAGAACCUCCGUCGCGAUGACAAGAUGACCGUCACCUACCAAGUCGGAGACCGGGAAUUCGGCAGCUCUGGCAAUCUCGACAUCGACUUCUGGAUUCAAAACCCCAAGGGUCAAUACGUGACCAACCAAAAGAGUGUCUCCAACGGCGACUUCACCUUCACGGCCAGGAGCGACGGCAAAUACACCUACUGCUUCGGAAACGAACACUGGGGCGCCAACAGCAAGGAGGUCCACUUCAAUGUUCACGGCGUUGUCUACGUCAACGAGGGAGACCUUCCGGCCGACCCUCUCGAGAAGGAGGUUCGUCAAAUGGCUGAAUUGCUUGCCCAAGUCAAAGAUGAACAAUUCUACAUCGUCGCCAGAGAGCGCACACAUCGAAACACUGCCGAGAGCACCAAUGCCCGUGUCAAGUGGUGGAAUGUCUUUGUCAUUGGUCUCGUCGUUGGCGAGGGCGUGUUCCAGGUCUGGUGGCUGCGUCGGUUCUUCGAGGUUAAGCGAGUCGUAUAAGUCAGGCUGGAAGGCUCUGUUCCAGGUCACUCCGCUUGACGUCCAAGUGUUCACUCAUUGGCUUUGAUGGGGUAUGAACAUAACGGCGCAAAUUGGUGGAUUGGGGGCAUUUGCAAUCCGGAUACAGCAAAAGCGAGGCGAAAGAGGCUAGGUGUGGGAAUUGUGUGUGUAGAUGGGAAACAUUGCAUGUUGUUCCAAGAGAUUCCGCCCCGGCAUGCAUCCUUUUAUUCAGGUGUUGGACGCCCAGGUUAUUGAGAAUAUUCCAACGCCGACAACAAAUCACUAAAUGAGCAUUACACGUUGCACCAAUAGUCCCAUACAUCACUCAGCGAUUGUCCUGCCGGGCAGAUAUGCCGUCUAAAGAGGG